GUGCUUAGAAAAAGCCUUCAAAGGGGGGUUGCACUCUCAACAGGGUCCUUUUUGGUUUAUGAAGCUCACAAGCUAAUUACUGUCUUUCCUGAGGUUCAUGCAAGCUUCAAAGUGGAAGAAGUUAUAGAGCAAGCAGACUACUUGUAUGGGAGUGGAGAAACUGAAAAGCUGCAUCGGUUGCUGGUUCAGCAUAAAAAUAGUGAUGACGCAGAAUUGUUAUGGCGGCUGGCACGGGCAUCACGAGAUCUAGCUCAGCUUAGUAGUACUUCUGCAGAGGAGAAAAGACAACUGGCAUAUGAAGCCUUUGAGUAUGCAAAAAAGGCACUUGAAAAAAAUGAAUCAAAUUUUGCAGCGCACAAGUGGUAUGCAAUUUGCCUCAGUGAUGUUGGAGAUUUUGAAGGAAUCAAGACUAAAAUUGGAAAUGCCGUCAUUAUCAAAGAGCACUUCCAGAGAGCCAUUGAACUGAAUCCAAAGGAUGCUACAACAAUUCAUCUUAUAGGCAUUUGGUGUUACUCCUUUGCUGAAAUGCCAUGGUACCAAAGAAAAAUAGCUGCAACACUAUUUGCCACACCACCAACCUCCACAUUUCAAGAGGCUCUUCAUUACUUCCACAUGGCAGAGGAAGCUGACCCAAAUUUCUACAGCAAAAAUUUGCUCUUUUUGGGGAAGACAUACUUGAAGUUAAACAAUAAAAAGAUGGCUCUUCUGUGGUUAAGCAAAGCGAAGGAUUAUCCCGCGCAUACCGAAGAGGACAAACAGGUACAGAAAGAAGCUUUGGAGUUGCUUAAUUCUAUAUAACAAGAAACAAGAUAAUGAGAAUUCAGCACCUCAGGUUUGAGCAGCAUAGGAAAACAACCCCAAAUACUACUUUGGUUUAUUGAAGCUGUUAAUAAAAGUAUAGCCUAAACUUGCUGUCGCCCUCUCAUUUCAAUUAAACGGUCAGCUAGAAGAA